AUGCCUUCCAGUCGCGACCGCCGCGUCGCCAAGGAGCUUAAGGACAUCCAGUCAGACCCGGCCGCGGGCAUCAGCGUCGAGCUCUCCGACCCCAGCGGCGCCUCGAUGGAGUACCUCCACGGCCACAUCUUCGGACCGCCCAAGACCCCGUACGAGGGCGGCAAGUUCGAACUGCUCAUCACGAUGCCCAACGAGUAUCCUUUCAAGCCGCCCCAGAUCACCUUCAAGACCAAGAUCUGGCACCCCAACGUCAGCUCCAUGACGGGCGCCAUCUGCCUCGAUAUACUCCGCGACAACUGGAGCCCCGUCCAGACCAUCAAGUCGGCCAUGAUGAGCAUCCGCCUGCUCCUCGAGGUCCCCAAUACCGAUGACCCCCAGGACCACGAGGUUUCCAGCCAAGCCGUCAAGUCGCCUGCCCUCUUCGCCCGCCACGCCCAGGAGUGGAGCAUCAAGUACGCCGGCGCCCCCCAGAAGCAGAUCGACCUGCAGGGCAAGUUCAUCGAGGCUCGGCCUGCCCCGACGCCCGAGGACUUUGGGGGCUACAACCCGAAAAUGGUCGGCAUCUGGACAGAUAUGGGCUUCCGGGUCAACAUCGUCGUCCAGGUUCUCAAGGAGCGAGGGGUCCCCUCGUUCAACGGGGAGCGGUACCAGCUGAGCGACGAAGCCAUCUCAGACAUUACCACCCGCAUAUUGGCCAAGAUAGCAGAGGAGGACGUAUGA